UCUAUUACCGUGAAAAUAUAACCUGGUGGACGUUGGUCUCAUUUAGUAACUAUAAGAGUGCUAAACGGUCGAUCGUAGACACGUUUGAAUACAACUACAACAGGAUGGCUGCAACAACAGUUACUUUAAGUAACGGAUGUAAAGUUCCCGUAUUAGGACUUGGUACUUGGCAAGCCGCAGAUGAUCCGAGCGUAGUCGAGCAAGCUGUACGGGAUGCAAUAGAUGCCGGAUAUCGGCAUUUUGACUGUGCUUUUAUCUACGGUAAUGAAAAGGAAAUCGGUAAAGCAUUGCGCGAGAAAAUCGCCGAAGGUGUUGUGAAAAGGGAAGACCUGUUUAUUACAACAAAGUUAUGGAAUACAAUGCAUGAAAAAGACAAUGUAGUGCCAGCAUGCAAGAGAUCGCUUGCAAAUUUUGGUCUCGACUACAUUGAUCUUUAUCUUAUUCAUUGGCCUGUAUCUCAUAAAGAUAAUACAGAAGGUAUAUGGCCAGCUGAUAAAAAGAUGCAUAAACAAGAUGAUUAUGUUGACACGUGGCGUGGAAUGGAAGAAUGUGUAAAACUGGGAUUAACAAAGAGUAUUGGUCUUAGCAACUUUAAUUCCCAGCAGAUCGAUCGUAUAUUAUCGAUCGCCCAAAUCAAACCCGUCAUGAAUCAAGUCGAAUGUCAUCCAAAUUUAAAUCAGAAGAAACUGCGAGAAUUCUGCGCGCAACGUGGCAUUGCUAUUACGGCUUACAGCCCUUUUGGUUCCCCUAGGCGUACUUGGGCAAAGCCUACCGAUCCACAAGUUACAAUUGAAGCACCGGAAAUUGUCGAGAUUAGCAAGAAGUAUGGUAAAACGCCAGCGCAAGUUAUUCUGCGAUAUUUGAUUGAUAUUGGCACCAUUCCCAUUCCAAAAUCUUCAUCGAAAGAUCGUAUUAAACAAAAUAUUAACAUUUUCGAUUUCAAAUUAACCUCACAGGAAAUUGCCACCCUUGAUAAACUUGAUUGCGGACUUCGUAUUUGCGCUGCUGUAGAGAUGAAAGAGCACAAGGAUUAUCCAUUUAACCUAGAAUUCUAAAAAAGAAGUAUUACAAAAAUAAUUUUAUUACCUUAUCGUACUCUUUUAAACAUAUAUUCCACGUUAUUUUUAUUUACAUAUGUAGUUGUUUGUAUCUUGAAUAAAUCAACGAAAUUAUAGAAACUGGCAAAUGACAUUAGUGUUUAUCAUUCCUCUUGAAUAUUCAAAACGUACGUUCUGCAAGUUGUU